GCUGUGGCGCGCGGGAGCCAGGCCGUGGGCUGGUGCGUGCCGGAGCCCCGCCUCCGUUGUUCCCCGCGCUGGCCGCCGCAGCGGUGGUCUGCACCCCGCCCGAGUGAGGUCCGAGCGGACUCAGGGUUUCUGGUGUCAGAGAAGAUGACAGAGGAACUGGAUCUCCUGGGACAGGACUCGGAUGGGGGUAGCGAGGAGAUGGUCCUAACUCCUGCAGAGCUCAUCGCAAGGCUGGAGCAGGCCUGGAUGAAUGAAAAGUUUGCCCCUGAGCUACUGGAAAGCAAGUCUGAAAUUAUAGAAUGUGUCAUUGAGCAGCUAGAUCACAUGGAAGAAAAUGUCAGGAGAGCCAAAAAGGGGGACCUGAAGGUCAGCAUUCAUCGAAUGGAGAUGGAGAGGAUCCGCUAUGUCCUUAACAGCUACUUGCGGUGUCGACUCCUGAAGAUAGAGAAGUUUUUCCCUCAUGUCCUUGAGAAGGAGAAAACACGCCCUGAGGGGGAGCCUUCCAGCCUUUCUGCAGAAGAGUUUGCCUUUGCCAAAGAGUACAUGGCUAACAUACAGACCUAUCUUAAGAAUGUUGCCUUAAAGCAUAUGCCUCCAAACUUACAGAAGGUGGACCUCUUGAGGUCAGUUCCCAAACCGGAUCUAGAUUCCUAUGUGUUUCUGAGAGUGAAAGAACGACAAGAAAACAUACUGGUGGAACCAGAAACAGAUGAGCAGCGGGACUAUGUGAUUGACUUGGAGGAGGGCUCGCAGCACUUGAUCCGAUAUAAAACCAUUGCACCUCUGGUUGCUUCUGGAGCAGUACAGCUAAUUUAAAACUGAAAGUAAACAAGCAUGAAGACAUGGAUCACUUUGUGCCUACGGACAAUAAUGAAGUAGUCCUCUAGACUACUUUCCUGAGAAGUCAGGCUUUUCUCAGCAGUGCUGUGGAUCACUCCGGCAGGAUUCCUAAUAUUGCCAUGUGUGCUCCUAACUUGCUGCCGCUUUAGCCAGAUCAGCAGAUGGGCCAUUGCUGUUUAUCCCGCAUACUAGGCAAAUAAAUGGAGAGUGUGCACCUUUCCUUUGUGGUACUUUUUGAACUAGAGAAGUAAGGUAGAGGUCGUUUGUAAAAAGGCAUUUAGCCCCAACCUGGUAGCAGUGGGGGAUUUCAUUUAGCCUUCCUGACAGGAAGGCUGUAAAUGGGUUAAAGAAAACAGCUAUGGCCUUGCUCUGUAGCACAUCGCUAGACUGUAUGACCCAACCUUUUGGAACGUCUAAUAUUGGACUUAAAACCAAUUUCUGUCAUUCUUAACUGAAAAUCACAACUAAACCAAUAAACCAUUGUUAAAUUUCAGUUUUGUGGCAGAAGGAGUCUCUGGACAGUUCUCAGCUUGUAGUCUAAUGAAGCAUGUUCUCCCUGCUGUUGACCUGCAGCCCUCCUGAGUCUCAGGCAGCUCGCCAAGCCGGUCCCCAGGCCAUCUGGCCAUCCUUGACCAGGACUGUUCGCAGAGCAACAUGAACUGUCCUAUGUUGUGACCUCAGUAGCAGCCUGUCUCUUUAAGGCUCUUUACUUCCUCAAGGGAAAUGGAUGAAGUUAACCUAAUGUGAAUGGAGUCUCAGUGAUACCUGAAGGAAGGAUGUAUAGACAGUGAAUGAAUUAUCUAUUAUUCCUUGAAAUAUGAUAAAAAGCAACCUAAACUCUAGUUUUUUCCUGAGGAAAAGUCAGCAGAUUUUCAUUUACAUAAUUUAGGCUGUACAGUAAUCAGUAUAAUACUGCUGUCAUUUUCAAAAGAAGGUUUUAUUGGUUAAUCAAAGUAUUUGAUAUUCAAGUAGUACCUUAUUUUUUCCAGAGUGUUUUUACCGUCUUUACCUGUCCAUUAAACAAGUAAGUAUUGAGCAUACAGUUCAAGGAACUGGGGCUACAAUCCAGGAUAUGACAGUCACUGUUCCUGCUCAGAUAGUGUGAUAAGUGCCUUGCAGAGAAUUAGAACAGGAGGACUUACCAGAGAGUGGCUACAUUGGGUGGUCUGAGAGGAUCUCACUGAAGAUAGAACAUUUAGGCUGAGAUCUGAAUAACAAGAAGGAGCUGGGCUGGCAGAGAUCAAAAGGAAAGGCAUCCAGGCAGGGAGGACAGCUUGUGCAAAGGCCCUGAAGCAGAAACAAGCUCUGCUUGUGGUCAGUGUAGCCAUAAUGCAGGGGGUUGGUUAGAGCAUGGUGAUGACAACACAGAGGUCAAGGGUUCAGAUCCCCGUACUGGCCAGCCACCAAAAAAAAAGAUAAAAUGCAGUGGGCCAAAUAGAAAGUGGUGCUGGGCCCAGAUCCCAUCCCAUUUGGUCCUCCUGGCAAUUCUGAGAGGUAGGCAGGGCUGGUCGUAGGUAAUUGGUGGGAGACAAAGCAGAUAUUUAUUUAGUGGUGAGUAUGAGAUCAGAACCCAAGUCUCCUUCCUGCUGGUCAAGCUCACCAUUGUCUCCAUGUGUCUCUGUUGCGCUGCCGAGCAGCCAGGAGAAGAACCUGGGCUAUUACCUAGAAUGGUGCUUUUUUUUUUUUUUAACCACCUGGAGAUCUUGUGAAGAUGUAGAUUCUGUUUUGGGAGGUCAGGGCAGGGUCUAACCCUAGAGGUCUCAGGUGUGCAUUUGCUGCUGGCCUGGGGACCACACUUUGGCAGGGCUCCACACUUUCAUGUCUCCAGUGCACACCAGGCUGCACAGAGGAGUUCAGUGCUCUACUGAAGCCACAGUGAAUUGCUCCAUUUCCUAAGUUACUGCUUCAAAACAAAACUGUUUUACAGAUGCCAUUUUUAAAUAAAGGGGAGGUUGAACUUCAAAACCAAGUAGAAAGGGUAAUUAUGUGACUUAGCUGAUGUUGAUUAUAACUGUCUCAGUUUAUGGUAUUUGCUUUAUUGCUAAAAACUUACCACUGGAAGCAUGACAGAACAAUUUUACCAAAUAAUCACAUCAUCCUUUAUCAUGAGCUUGUCCCUAGCAAGGCAGCUACUCCUGAGAAGUGCCUACAUGUCCAUGUGUGGGUUUUUCCCAGCAUUAGUAAUGUAUCAGCUGUGACCUUGCAGCAAGACUCCCGCUGUGUUUACUCUGCCUGUGCCCCCAGUGGUCAGUGGGGCUUUAUAGCCACCCUGGAUGCAUCAAACUUCCCUCUAUCGUGUACAAGAGUUAACCAUAAAGUUUGCAGAGUGAAUUUUUAAGUAAACACAUUAUAUAUCUGUUCUUCAUAGAAUGUUCUUUAAGUAAUUUAUCUUGGGAAGCUAAACAUUCCAAACAUUUGGAAUUCUUCAAGAAUUGAUUUUUUUAAAUGUAUCUAAUCAACUAGCUGUGAAGCACUCAUAUUGUCCAAAAAAGCUUCAUUUUUUAAAAAGCCAAACCAGUAUUCUGUACUUAUUUAAUAGAUUUGGUUUCAAAUAACUUGGCUGUUUCCAAAAAAAUUGGAUAUUCCUUCCAUGGCUGAAAAAUAACUAAAAAGCGUUCUCGAAGAAAUGUACUGUAGAUUCUGAAGGCAAUAGUAGUAAUAUUUAAUGUUUAUCAAGUGUUUACUGUGAAUGGGGGAGUUCUGUGCUUUAAGUAGAUUAACUCAUAAAUCUUCACAACAACCCUAUGCAAGGAAAAAUUUGAGAUUUUUGAAUGGGCAAGAGACUACCCAAUAUGAUUUUAAUGGAAUGCUUGAUAACUGUAGGGUGUGUACCCAUGGCUUUGAAUAGGUUAUUUUAUAACUCUAUAGAGGUCGAAGUUGAUUUCUAGAAAACUUAUAAUGUGAAUAUUUCCUGUCUUGUUAUGCUAAUGAUUCCUGUCCAUGGUAAUGCAAAUGAAUCUUGAC